AUGAAAAAGCCAACCAGUGGCGGCGGCUGGCAAGCGAUCCGGUACACGUUUCAAAAAGCACGAGAGUCGGGCGGGUAUUGGAAGUUCUGGAAAGCCAUGCGAAGCAAGAACGCUUGCAAGACAUGCGCCUUGGGAAUGGGAGGGCAAAAAGGGGGAAUGGUCAACGAGCAAGGGACGUUUCCCGAGGUCUGCAAAAAAUCGAUGCAGGCGAUGGCCGCUGACAUGCAGGGAGCCAUCCCGGAAGACUGUUGGACAACUUACAGUGUUGCUCAACUUCAGAAGUUUACCCCGUACCAGAUGGAGCAUGCCGGCCGAAUCACGCAGCCGAUGCUCUGGGAAUCAGGGACUCAGCGUUACCGCCCAAUAGCAUGGGACGAAGCCUUCGCUCGGGUCAUCAACAAACUAAAAUCCCUGACCGCGGAUGAAACAUUCUGGUACUUCAGCGGGCGUAGCAGCAUGGAGGCCGGCUUCCUGCUGCAACUCUUCGCCCGUCUGUAUGGCACCAACAAUGUCAACAACUGCAGUUACUAUUGCCACCAGGCAAGCGGUGUCGGACUAGCGAGCACCGUUGGCAGCGGCACCGCGACAAUCGUUCUGGAUGACGUGGAACAUGCCGACUUAGUCUUUCUGAUCGGUGGUAACCCGGCCAGCAAUCAUCCGCGAUUAAUGUCGACGUUGAAGCAUGUUCGACGUCGCGGCGGUGAAGUGAUCGUGAUCAAUCCCGUUGUCGAAACGGGCCUGGUCAACUUUCGAGUUCCCAGCGAUCCGAUUAGCCUUCUGUUUGGAACGAAGAUCGCCACGCUCUACGUUCAACCUGAUAUUGGAGGCGAUCUCGCGCUUCUGUACGGCAUCGCCAAACGC